AUGCUUCGAACGCAAUAUCGUCAAAAUAAAUUAUGUCUGUACCAAAACGCGUCAUGACUGAAACUUGUAAAUCUAUUGUUUUGUAGCAAGAAAAAACGCGGCUACAGGUUCGAAAUAGCUGAAGAAGUCGGGUACAAAACGUUGACGAGCGCGCUUUUUUCCUUUUCUUUCAGCGCUCCCGGUUCUCUCCGUUUCCCACUUAUUUUGAAAGUUGACUAAAAAAUACCUUUUCUUGAAUAUAAGUUUCAUUCUCUCAAUAGCUUGGAAAAAACUUCCGAACGGCUCGAUGAAUUAUAAUGUGAAAGCCAUUUUUUUAAAACUCUUUAUCACUUUAAAAAUUCCACAUGCAGAAGCUAACAUAAAGCUUUCCAUCGGCCUGAGCUAUACAAGAAGUUUUUAUUUCUGAAAUAGAACUGUUCCAGUUGCCCUCCGUUCCAUUGAGCUUUGCCGCCGUUACUACGGCAAUCAAUCUGAACGGCAACGUACAAAAACUUCCUCAUUGGGCAGUUUUCUGCAAGCAGACGAAGAAAUAACCGGCGCCUCGAGUUGAGUCGUCCAGCCUAACUGCGAAGGUUGCGAUCGGCCGCCGGUCUGUCGGUUAUUAUACCACGCCAACCCAGGACCUCUUCAUCCUCAGAAGGUGAGUGACACAUAAUGAUGCGAUCCCGACGCGAGAAGCUUCUUCGUAUCGUUCCGCGCCACAGCCUCACUCUUUUUUUUGCUCUUGUUAUUGUUUCCACCUUAUCAUCGUCUGAGUACUAGAACGAAAUAACUUCCAAAUAAUGAAGAAACUGGAAAGUUCGCCAAGAUAUCUUCAGAAAAAGUUAUCUUCAAAAACCUUACGGAAGAUGAAAAAUCAUUUUUUUUUUUUUUGCGAAGAUGUCGACGUCUUUCUAAACUCCUUCCUUCAACCUUUGUAUAAGAAGAGCACUUUUUUGUUUUGCAAACAAAAAUUCAGAAUUAGAAUUUUGAGUUUUGGAAAAAAAAACUUUUCUGCUCUAUAAACUUAUUUCAGGAAAAAGACUUACAUUUAUCGGAUACUUCCUAUGCGAAAGCUCUUAUGGAUCGGGACGCUGUUCCCAACAGCAUUUGGUUUCAUUUUUGGCAAUCUUUUUGGUGAGUCUUAACGAAAUGUCUUUUUUUCGAACGAAUAUCUUCAGGAGGAGGCGGCGGAGGUUGUUCUUGUCAAUCUUCGUGCGGAGCUCCGCCACAGCCUCCCCAACUCGGAUGUCUUUGUCCGCCAGCCCCGAACCCUUGCCAAAGUCCGGCCUUUCAACCUGGUUCGUUCGGAAGAACACGUUCAUUAAAAAUUUCAAACGUUGACUAACAAUGAAAUAUUUAGCAUCUCAGCAAUUCGCACCCUUUCAAAUGCCUUCAUUCAACCUUCAACAACAGCCGCAGACUUCCUCGCAAAACUUCGUCCCUUUCAACCCAUCAGCCGUAGCUCCGCAACUUCAGCAGCCUAACUCCUACAGCUAUUCGCCGUGAGAAAUUAGAAGAAGAGCACAAAAAAGAGCUCCGAGUACAGGUCUUCCCCACCACAGCUGCCCUUGUCUCAAGUCUAUCCAACGAUUCCGUCACGAGCUCCAGAUUUUUCUCCGGCUCCGCAGUUUGUUCAACCUCAAAGACAAGUCAGAGAUGGAAGGUUACCAAUUUGAGCUGAAAUUCAGGAGUAUCAAACAUGGCCACCGAAGCGCCAAGUCCAAGUCCAACCCUCAUAUUCGAAUUUGAUUGUUGACAAUCAGCGUUAUAAAGCAGGUAACGAACUGGGAAAAGCUGCGGACACGACUCAAGGACCAGUCAGCAGCAACCAAAAGUUUGAGCAAAGGUGGGACUUUCCACAGGCCUUUGCACUCUUUUCAGUUCAGUUUGGCUCAAUCUGAACUGUCCCCACAUCCCGACACGGACUACGAAACGAAAGAGUUUAUAGACGACGUGAACCGAGUUGAAUCGGUUAGUUUUGAACCGAACGGAAUUUAAAGCGAAAAAUUCAUUUAAAUGGAAUAUUUGGAGUUUUCCAUAAAAUUAGUCAAACGUUCUUGGAAGUUCUUGAAGGCAAUUUCUCCAACGCCUGUAAUUACCAGAAACGCUAAAACAAUUUCGAAAGUUCUAUCUAUUACUAAGAAGAAGUAAAUCCAUAAAAAUCUUUGAAAAUCAAAAAAUUUACCAAUCCAGUAUAAUCACAGAUAUCAUUAGUUGCUCCAUUGUCGAUAAAAAUUAAAAAUCCAUCAUAAUAGUCUUGAUUCAAUCAGUUCUAUUCAAAGAGUGUACAUCAUCCAAAACAAAAAAAUUUUCCUUCGGAAAAAUGUAGUUGCUAAACAUUCUGAAUAGGAAGUUCCAACCAUAUUCUUAAAAUAUCCGCUUCAUUUCUCAAAAUUACCGAUCUUCGGUUUUACGAAGAAAAAAGCCCAAUUUUGACACGCGUUGACGCGUUCGCAAUUACACAGGACGCUUUUCACACGAUCAGGCUAGUUUUGGAAGUCGUGCAAAACUAGUUGUUGGACAUUUUUUCCCACCCGUCCGCCAAAAUUCUGAUUAAGCAGGCAAAGAACGGCGAGUCUCUUGAUACGGCGUUGCUCAGCGAGUACGAGAAGUACCAGCCGACGGAACCGCCGCCGACGUCUUCGGACGCUCGUUUCGGAGGCGGCAAUCCUCUUGAUGGUUCUGCUUCCCUCUUUAAAAAUGAUUGUUUUACUUUUUUCUAGAAAGUCAAGUCGAUGACAUUCACGAAACCUCUAUCACUACAACUGUGAAAAAUGUGGCACCGAAUUUCAAUGACCGAAACGAAGUCCGAACCACCGAAGUGAAGGUAGAAUUGUUCCUUCGUGAAGAAAAUCUUGUGUAUCGUUUCAGUUGACCGCCGAGAAAACAGAAGUCGAGCCUUACUCCACUAACACGGGCGGCACAAACGAUUCAGAAUGGCCCGUUUCUGCAGCGUUGCCACUUCCAACCACUGAAGUGGCCCCGAGAAAGUUCAAUAAAGAAGCUGGUAAGCGAAGAAGAUGUCCAUUCACUUUGAUGAUUUUCCAGCAAAGGUAACUUCCGAGAAAGAGACUACUGACAUUAGCCAAUCCGGUUACGAUUUUUCAGGUUUUCGUUUUUAAAAUAUCACCAAUCGAAUUAUUUCUUCAGAAACCUCAACAAAUCAUAACAUGGAAAACUCAGAGAAUAGCAUGUCCGAAGCUGCUUACAUACCCACGCGACCAACUUAUACCCAGCAAAAAUUUGAAAGUAAGAAUUAUUCCAAUUAUUUUGUUAAUUGAAUUUAUCCAGGCAGCACAACUUUUGCCAACUCCGAUGAUGGAAACUCUGACGGCGGAGAGAGCGAAUUCGGGGCUGGAUAUGGAGGUCCGAGAGAAGAACGAGCACACUCUGAUAAACAUCUCGAAAAGGCUUUCAUGGUUCAUUCUUCUUUCUCUUUUUCCUAAAAGUAGUGUUCCCAAAUUCUUAUGAGCGCCGAAAAGUUUUAGUUUUUGAAAAAUAAUUUUUCAAAAUUCGCGUUUACCAAAAAAAGAACAAACGGAUACGUUCAUUGAACACUCUUUGAAUGAUUUCAUGGCAAAUACCAGAAGAAAUCCCAAACUUACUCCUCACGCGGAGUAUUUAAUGAUUUUCAAGUUUUAAUCUCUACAGAAAAAGAUCAAGAAAGAAACGCAACCCGUUUUGCCACGCAACGAGCAGCAAAAACUGCUUGACGGACACGGCUUGACUCAUUGGAAGGUAUUUAUUCUUCGUUGUUCGGACCGAACGGACAGUAAGUUCAGCCGGCACAGAAGACGAGAGACAUGAGGACUUCCUCGAAAUGCAACAACCUCAAACUGAUGCAAAUCAUGCACGAUGUAAGUUUAUCUGUCUUUUCAAAAUGCUGAGCAAUACCUUAUCAAGCAUCGUUUGAAAAUAAAAAACUUCCCGAAAAGAAACCUAAUUCGCUUCAAAAAUCUUCUCACACUGUGUGUUCUACGCGAGUUGGUCACUUUUUCAAAGAGCAGUAGAAAAAACUACAAAAAACACAGCUUGUUUUUACACUGUUUCUCAAUAAAGUACAAAAAGAUAGAAAUUAUUGAGAAAGAAGUGAAGAGAAAUAGUUAGUAAUAAAGGCGAUUCACGGCUAGCUUGGGACGUUAAGGGGGCGUGUCUGCGCUCUCCACGAACCAGGCAAUGUCUCUUUUCUUAUCGCGUCAGGAUCCUUUAUUCGAUGGCUCAAGCCAGCCGUGAAUCAGCUAUGAAACCAUUUCGAUUCGAAGCGUUGAAAAUUUGAUCUAAUUUGAUCUAACAUGGAAUUUUCAGAAGAUGACGUCAUCGCCGUCAGUUUCGAAGCAGAUGAUCUACUCGGCAGCCAGCGACGCCUUCCCUGACCGGAAUGUUGACGUCAUCUGCUCUCGUCACUCUUUCUCCUACAUCGUAGUGACGUCACCUAUCUUCUGCGAACACCGGAAAAGGCCGCUCACCUGCUUUGCCUUUUUCCAGCCCUGA